GAGACUCGGAGGUUUAGCGGCGCGUCUUUGAUGUAGUCUGUGGUCUUUCUGGACAGACAGACCGAAUAACAAACAUGAAACGUCCAGGAAAAGUCCUAACAGCGUCUUUAACAGGCUUUGUGCUCUUCCUGUGCUGUGUCAGAGGUGAAUACUGUGAGGUGAACCAUUGCCAUAAUGGAGGAACAUGUGUGACAGGUGUAGGAGACGAUCCUUUCAUCUGUAUCUGUGUAGAUGGCUUUGGGGGAGACACCUGCAACCUGACAGAGACAGGACCUUGCAGUCCUAAUCCUUGUCUGAAUGAUGGGUCUUGCAAGGUCACUUCUCCAGCCAGAAGAGGAGAUGUAUUCACUGAGUACAUCUGCAACUGCCAGCCUGGAUUUGAAGGCGUGCACUGCCAGAUCAAUGUCAACGACUGUGCAGAGGAGCCUUGUCACAAUGGAGGGACAUGCAAAGAUCUUGAUGGAGACUACACCUGCCAAUGUCCCUCACCCUAUGUCGGAAAACAGUGCCAGCUACGUUGCAUUUCUUUGCUGGGGAUGGAGGGCGGUGAAAUAGUUGAAUCCCAGAUUUCAGCCUCUUCGGUGCACUAUGGCAUUCUGGGUCUUCAGCGCUGGGGCCCCGAGUUGGCUCGGCUCAACAACCAAGGCAUUGUGAACGCCUGGACGUCAGCUGUCCAUGACAGGAACCCCUGGAUUGAGAUCAAUAUGCAGACAAAGAUGCGUCUAACAGGAAUCAUCACUCAGGGUGCCAGUCGCAUGGGAACGGCUGAGUAUAUCAAAGCAUUCAAGGUGGCGAGCAGCUUCGAUGGGAACCUGUACACAACCUACAGAGCAGAUGGUCAGCGGCGUGACAAGGUUUUCAUAGGAAACAGUGAUAACGGCAGUACGAAGACCAACCUUUUUGACCCACCUAUUGUGGCCCAGUACAUCCGCAUCAUUCCUGUGAUUUGCCAUAGGGCGUGUACCCUGCGCAUGGAGCUGGUCGGCUGUGAGCUCAAUGUUCAUUCAAACGCCACAGGUUGUUCUGAGCCGCUGGGAAUGAAGUCUCGCCUUAUCUCAGAUGACCAGCUUUCUGCUUCCAGCGCUUUUCGUACGUGGGGCAUCGACACCUUCACCUGGCACCCUCAGUUUGCCCGACUGGACAAACAGGGAAAGACCAACGCCUGGUCUCCCACCAGCAAUAACCGCUCAGAGUGGAUCCAGGUGGAUCUGGAGAAGACAAAGCUCCUCACAGGAAUCAUCACUCAAGGAGCCAAAGACUUUGGAGUGGUGCAGUUUGUGUCCGUCUUUAAAGUUGCUUUCAGUAACGAUGGACAGUCAUGGAGUGUGGUGAAGGAUGAGAGCUCUGGCAGUGAUAAGCUCUUCCAAGGCAACAGUGACAACAACACUCACAAGAAGAACGUGUUUGAACCGCCGUUCUACGCCCGCUUUGUCCGUGUCGUCCCCUGGGAGUGGCACGAACGCAUCACCCUGCGCAUGGAGCUCCUGGGCUGCGACGACUAGAAACCCACCGAGUAUCAGCGGCUCCAGCUGCUCGCUCCACAUUCACAGCGUCUAUUUGGGGCUCUGUUUCACUCAUCUAAAGGUCCCGUCGGCCCAACAGAUGGGACAGAAAAUUACAGCACUUUCUGUGUAGUUACGAUUUUACGUAUGUGAAAUUUUGUUUUUUAAAAGAGAGAAUAGCGCCCUCUAUUGAGCAUAUGUUUUUAAUUUGAGUAGUUUCUAUGUAAUUUCGUGAGUAAAGCUGAUAACGUGCUUGUUUCGUCAUAUGUGAUAAUUCUGUCUUUCUUGCGCUGCCUUUACAGUCCCACACAAGGGAGCAAAAUGGCUGCUUUUUGAAGCUCUGCAGCCAAAACGUGAAUUUUGACUUUAUUCUGAGUAUUGAAGCAGGGCUUGUGCAUUAUGUCCAGAGAGAAGAAUUAUGCCCAGUGUAGAAA